AUGCUCAACUCACUUGUGACCGCCACUACUUCAUCUGCCUUGCUAGCAAAACAACCUACAUCCUACAAUUUAUCAUACUGGCCAAUCCGAGGGAAACGGACAAGACGGAGAAUGGCACGAGCCAUGGGGCUGAAACGACGCUCCCUUCUUGCCGAUGACGAAGAAAACAGCCCACGACAACAGAGGAGGAAGUUUGUCGCAUGCCAGCGAUGCCACUCCCAUAAAAUCAAAUGCUCUGGAGACCAGCCCUGCAGCAAAUGCCGUGCUGUGGGCUGCGCUGAUGAAUGUGCCUACGCCGCUCGGGAUCGCCUGAUCAAAGUCAGCGAGAAGCUAACGGAAACUCUCCGCUCUAGCUACCUUGAUCAGCUUCUGGCGGAGAAUCGGCGCUUGAAGGAGCAAUCGGUCACCUCGGGCGAUGCGACCGAGGAGAGUGGCCCGCAACAUACGGAACGGUAUCUCGCUUAUACCUCCAAAGAAACCAUGAAAUAUUCUGCUAAUGCGGUGGACAGUGCUCCUUCUCGGCUUGUAGAAACUGAUGCCCCUGAUGCCCCUGAUGCGACCAGCAUCCAGAAUCCGAUUAUUGGUGACCGAGCAUGGUUCCAUCGCUACGAUCCAUCUUCUCCACCCAUAUAUAUCGGCGAAGCAGCGUGCUCGGCAUUUGCGACCCGCUUUCGUCGUUUCUUGACAGGGAACAAUGCACUACCGCACAUCACUCGCACCCAAUGGGAGCGAGAAGAGGCUAUCGCAGCGGCAGCUAAUGAGGUGGACCCCCAGUGGCCCAGUUUGCAUCAUGCUCGGCUGCUGGUGCGAAUCGCGAUCCACCAAAUUGGCUACUUGUACCACCUCAUGAUGCGCAAGUCCACCCUGGAGAAGCUGGAGGAAAUUUACCAAACAGAGAAUUUCGAAUGUGUAUCGAACAAGUGCAAAUUCUUUGCCUUAUUUGCCUUUGGUGAGGCCUACUCCAUUCGCUCUGAGCCUACAUCCGGAUCGCGCGUCCCCGGGACAGGGUAUUUUGCGCGAGCUAUGAGCUUGGUCCAAGUCCUACCGGAGAGGACGAGUAUCACUCAUCUUGAAACCUUAUUAUUGCUUUCAUUGUUUUCAUAUUACCUUAACCGACGACACUCGGCAUACGUACUGAUUGGAAACGCCAUGCGCAUGGGCCUCACGAUAGGUCUCAAUCACAACAUCCCCGAAUCUCAGCUCAUCGAUCCCGUGGAACGUCAACACCGCAUCCAGAUUUGGUGGACGAUAUACAUCUUCGACCGCAUGUGGGGAUCCAAGAUGGGACUUCCCCUGCAGAUUCUCGAUGAAGAUAUCCACGUCGACAUGCCUACAACGAUAUCUCCCAGCUGGAGACAUGAAGAAGAGCUCUCUGACACAGACCACAUGACUGCAAACAUUAAGCUGGCCAGAAUCGUGGGCGAGACGAUAACAAAAUUGUAUAGCAGGCGCAAGUACCAGGAGACAUUUCUGCAACGUGUUCAGAAACUCUUAAAGGCGCUUAAGCACUGGGUUGAUACGCUACCGGAAAACCUGCGGCUCAACAUGGAGGAUCUCGAAUCGAGCAAGAAACCUGUCGUCUCAUUGCACCUGGCCUUUAACCAGUGUGUGAUCCUCACAACGAGGCCCACACUCUUACAUCUUCUCAUCACGCUCCGUAAAAAUAACGGCUCGCGGCCACUGGGGGAGAAUAUCCGGGAGUCGGUCUCCCAGCCAGUUCUAACACUCAGCGAGGCCUGUAUCCAUGCUGCACGCCAUUCACACUCGAUGAUCCUGACACGCUGGAUCAACGGGACCAUGCCGACCUUCGGGUACUUCCACGCCCACUACCUAUUCUCCUCCGCACUCAUCCUAGCCAUGUACAGCUUCGUGCCGAUUGGAAAUCCCACGGACAUGGGCAGUUUCGACUCCGCGCUGGAUCUCCUGCGGUCCAUGUCCGAGAACGGGAACCUCGCUGCCGCAGAGUUCUACCAUAAUCUCGAGCAGGUUAGGAUAUGCCUAGACGCAUACCGCGGAACCAAUCGGAAUCGAAAUAGCGAUUCAGGACCCGAAAUCGGCGUCGGCAUGACGAACUCAAUCGCUGCACCUACACCAGGUCCAACAUCAGGACUAGCGUCGACACUGGCGCCGUCCUCGGCGCCUUUGCCGGGUAUUUUACCCAAUGCGUCUAUCACGCCUGUUCUGCCUACAGAUGGUGACUUACUAGCUGGGCCUGAUACUUAUGCCUUACCAGUGCGGGACACCAUCAGCGGGUACACAACAGAGAUGGCGUUCUUGGAGCCUACGAUGCAGGACUUUUUGGCGCAGUCGGACAUUGACCUGGGACUAUUGCAUCCAGUUGACACGUUCCUCAACGAAGUGGAGAAUCUCUAUACAUGUCAUGAGCUGUAG